AUGCCUUCACCUCAACACGAGUCGGAACUUUCGCCCCGCGAGUCCCGCAUCAUCGGCGCACUGCUAGGUGUCCAUGCCGGCGACUCGCUGGGCGCAACGCUUGAGUUCAAAACCCAUACGGAUAUCGCCCGUGAAUACCCUCUGGGUCUCCGCGACAUCGUGGGCGGGGGCCCAUUUCGUUGGUCGCAGGGCCAUGCGACAGACGAUACGGAUAUGACUCGUGGAGUACUCCUUGCAUACCAUGACUACAAGGCCGGCGACGACAUCGCGCAACUCGCUGGCGACUAUUUCAUUAGUUGGCUUCACGGCGACUGGCCAGGCAGGCGUCCGGGAAGUCGGCCUGAGGACAUUGGAGGGGCGACCGCUACUGGGCUCAGGCGCUACAAGCAGACUCAAGACCCUGACCGCGCCGGAGCUGGGCAAGGUAGUGCUGGGAAUGGAAGCUUGAUGCGCUGCAUCCCGACCGGAUUGUUCCAACGCGAUCCCCAGAAGUUGGUCGAUGAAAGCAUUCGUAUCAGCAAGAUCACCCACGAUGACAAAAGAUGCACGGUCGCAUGUGCAGCCUACAACACGAUUGUUUCGAAACUCAUUAACCAGGUCGACCCUCAGGAUGCGGUCAAGGCAGGUCUCAAUGUCGCAGAAACUCUUGAAGGAGGCUCUGGUCCAGUAUACAAAGCGAUUGAACUCGGCAAAUCCCUCAGCAUAGCAACAAUGGCUAAGAAAGGACCUGUGCCGGAACUUGGAGGCAGAUGCAGCGGAUACGUCCUCGAGUCACUGAGUCUCGCGAUUGCGGCGGUCCUUGAUACUCGCAGCCUCGAGGAUGUUGUCGUGGACGUUGUUCGCAUUGGCUGGGAUACAGAUACAAACGGAGCGAUCGCGGGAGGAAUUUUGGGAGCUCGAGACGGAGCAGCGGCUAUCCCUCCUCAUUGGAAAUCGGUAUUGCAGUUUGGUCGUGAAUUCGAGAAUACGGCUUUGAGUAUCUUCGAGAAGAAUGCAGCAUAA